AUGAUGGCCUCCAUGUCCGCCCAUAUGGUGAUGAAGUCUGGGACCCCACCCAUCAUCGUGCCGGUGGUGUCCUUCAUGGGGGCCCUCCUCUUCAGGGCCUUCCUGUGCCGUAACCACUAUUAUAGCCAAACAUUGGCUAUACCAAUACCUAUAAACUCUAGUCGCAUACUACGAUUGCCUGGCUAUGACUACACGGCUGAACCGUAUCUCAGCUACAUUUAUAACCGGGAAGUGGAUAUAAGCGCCAACUUUUACGAGUUAAACGAAAUGAUACACUCGUUUGCGGACCACUACGGCGCCCAUAACCUGCCGGCGAUCGCCAUAUUAGGCGCCCAUUAUCUCAACACUGAGUCGAACCCCUAUUUCGGGAUAUUUAUGGCUAAAAUGUUUGACCAUUAUAAAAAUGCAAAACCACUGGAGAGACAAGUCAUAGACAAAGCACUGGUUAAUAGGGAUCAGAAUUACCUGGAUAUGGGCUAUGAUAAAAUGUUCCCCACCAUCGACACACUCAUGCAGGAGAUACUAUACGGACAAACACAUGUAUUGAUCUCCUCGUGGUUUGAUUCCCGGCUCUUUAAGAACACUAAUAAUGACGAGAACCGAAAGGCACUUCACAUCUCGAGGACAACCUAUUUUGAUAAGCCGUACGGUUGGGUAACGCACAGGGAUUGUGAUCCAUAUGUCACGAAACACUUCAGGAAUAUGUAA